AGAUUACAGGUGGAUAUCAGAGACAGGCAUGAAACAGAAGUGAUAAAUAUCAAGAACUGUCACAGUGGAUUGGGUGAGUUUGUCUGCUUAUUACCAAAAGGCCUUUAAUUUAUCAUAAGUUCUUUGAAUAUACAUGUCUUGCAUACAACAAUAAAAUUCAGCGAUAAAAAAUUAUUUAUAUUUUCCUUUGUUGGUGAUAUCAUCUUUAAGCAUUGCAUUAAUAUCAAUAUUGUCACUUUGCAACCAGGAAUCAAGAUUGCUGGUGGAAAAUCAGCUCUAGGAGCAGAUUUUGGGAUAUUUGUUAAGAAAGUUCUUAGUGGAGGUGUUGCUGAUCUAGAUGGUAAGAAUAAGUCCUCAUCAUGAUUACAGAGUUGCCAGGAAGUUACACAAUAAGCCAAUCUAGCAUGUAAUUUAUUACAUGCUAGCUUGGCUUGUAUAAUGAUAAUGAUGAUGAAUGAUAAUGGUUAUCUAAUAUUAGAUAAGGCAAUCUGGUAUGUAAUAACUUGUAUUAGUAUAGGUAAUAGCAUGAUUAGUAGUGAUAUUUGGCAUAAAUACCACGAGUGAUAUUUCAAAACUGUUAUACGUAAUUUCACGAGCCAUUAGGCGAGUGAAAUUUGAGACAAUUUUGAAAUAUCACGAGUGGUAUUUAUGCUAAAUAUCACGUACAAAUCAUGCUAUUAUUUGUUUAUACUACUACCCGCUAAAGGUUUGUAAUUUCACAUGUAGGUAUUUCAAAUUAAACUGAAAUACCACUGCUCUAAGCCAAUCAAAUUACAGAAAUUUCUCAUGUAGUAGUAUAAUUAUAUAAAUACCAGGUGAGCUUUCACGCAAAAACAUAUAACAUGUUAUUUUCACAUGUGAAAAGAUCACCGUUGCUAUGGCUACAUAAUAAAUAGAGGCUUUUACAGCAAAAAAAUAUUUAAGUGAAAUGGUUUGGAAUUUCAUUGGUGUUUAUAUAAUAAAUAGAAGAUUAUAUGGCCGCUUGGAGAUACGAAAUUUCUCUGCGAGUGUUGAAAAAUAUUUCAUGAGUGAAUGCAGCGAACGAGUGAAAUAAUUUUCAACACUUAUAGAGAAAUUUUUUAUCUCCGCACAGCCAUGUAAUAUCCUCUAUUAAUUUCCUGGUUAAACAUAAAUAUCCAAUGUAACAUUAAUAAAAUACAUUAUAUGGACCCAGAUUUGCUCUUCAAGUUAUCUUGCUUGGUAUUCGUACUUUGCUGGUUUAACAAUGCAAGUUGUACGUUUGUCAGUGAAUAUUAUCUAUGAUGGUUCUUUUUUUUCAGGGAGGCUUAGAGAAGGUGACCAAUUGUUGGAGGUGAAUGGAUGCAGCCUACAUGGCGUGUCCAAUGAUAAGUAA